UUACAGCAUCAAUUUUGGCCACUCCGGCACACUCCGCGCCCACCGUUGUUUCCUUAGCGUUUUUGGCCACGCGAGCUCAGCGUAGUACACCGUGAAAAAAAGAAUCGCAGCCGGGUUUUCGGGAUCGAGGUGGAGUGCGGAAAGGUGCGGAAGUUUGUUGAUUCGAUCGCAAAAGUGGGAGGCUUCCUGGUCCAAUUCCAUCCAAAGAAUUGUAACGUGUAUCGCCCGGAAGCUAGUAACGUGGUGCAGUUCGCAGUGAACGGUCUACUUGGCCAGAGAGAUAAAAGCGACCCCAACCAAACCGAAACAGAACCUUUGUCACGAUGGCCGAUGCAAAAUCCGAGAUCGACAGCGACGCGGAGCAAAAUUAUUCGCUCAACAGCACCGUGGACCCCAAGAACAUGCAAGAAUUGACCGUUUAUGUUCAAAAUCUGCUGCAAAAUGUGCAGGAUAAGUUCCAGACCAUGUCCGACCAAAUCAUUUCGCGAAUCGACGACAUGGGAACCAGGAUAGACGAUCUCGAGAAGAAUAUCGCCGAUCUGAUGCAGCAGGCCGGUGUCGAAGGACAGGAUAAAUGAAGCGGCUCCCGGGCAUGCUAACUAGAAGUGCAACAUUUCGUGUCUUCUCGUUGGAGAUGUUUUUUUUUUUAAAUAAUCGCAUCCUCUUCCCAGGAAACGCACUAUAGAGCACGUAAGCAUAAUGGUUUGAGAAUGAGACGCUUAUUAUUUCGGAAAAAUCUACUUCCUUCUGGGGCACCGCCCGGCAAUUUGAGUCUCAAUAUUCACACAAAUUGGCUUCAGGAAGGAUGUGUAGAGCGCAGAUCCAGAUAUGCAUUUGUUUGGUAAAUUUUCUUAAUGGAUCACGAAGUACAGAACCAUUGUUGGUAGAAUAUUUACCCUUUUUUUAAAUGUAAUGUAAGCACUACCAAGGAAUAAAUCAAUACACGGGCAAUCAAAUAA